AUGCUCUCCUUCUCAAAGCCGCCCCUCCUGGGCCUGAGUGUGCUGCUCUUUCUGUUGCACCACUCCGCUGUUCUCUCCGAUAGUCACUUGGGGCCUUGGACCAACAGCCAGUGCCACAACGCUUCUUUUGUUCCGGGCCACAACCUGGUGGGCCAGGGCUACGAUGUGGUCACCCUGAAGCGAAAACACCACGUGAUCGACAUAACGACUUACCUGAAACCAGGUGGCUCCUGCAGUCUGUACCGUAACCCUCAUCAAGGCAACGUUCUGCAGAAAGUGCCCAUGGCUGUAGAGGAGUGGCGUGCAUUCAGCCACUGUAAUGUGCACCUGGACCACAGUGAACACAACUCUGUCAGCUCCCUGCUCAGGCACUACUCCAACAGUAAUGGAUGGCAGAAUGACUUUAGUUUCCUCCCGUACGACCGGAACUAUGUGGGAACACGGUCCGAUCUGUAUAAAUUUACUGCAGCCAAGAACCAAGAGGACUACCGCUACUUCAGCAGUCACAGACUCACCUGUAGCCAUUACAGUUACCGUUUGUUGAACCACCCGGAAAAAUACAUCAGCAGAGAAUUCUACAGUGUUUUGCAAAGGCUUCCCCAUUCCUACAGCAGCUCCAGCAAAACCCAUUACAGAAGUUUCAUCAACAACUAUGGCACACAUUAUACGCACCAGGUGCACAACUGCUUGAAGCUGGGAAUCUCUGUUGGCCUUGGUCAUUCCGCUGUAGCUCACAUCAAGUCUUGCAACAAUGUCCUCCACAAUCAGGACUUCUCCACCACGUACAACUCCGGUCUCAGUAACCACUACACACAGGUGGUAGGUGGAAAAGGUUGGUCUGGUGAGUUUUCUCUCAUCCAUAAAGACUCCCUGGGCUACAACAAUUGGCUGAAGACCCUCACCUCCCACCCUGACGUUGUGAAGUACUCCCUGAGACCGCUGCACCAACUGGUGUCGGACUUUAAACGAAAGAUAGCCCUGAAGGCUGCUAUUGAAGAUUACCUGAGGGAAAACGCCAUCAGGCCCUGGAGCCAGGCAGGCUAUGGAGGCCAGUACCUGAACUCCCCAAAGUGCUGUUCUCGACAGGUCGGGUGGGGACAUCUGAAGGUGACCAUCAUCCAAGCCUCGGGGCUAAGAGGAAAUGCAUAUGGAAAUAUUAAAGCGUACGUAGAGAAAGGGGAACAGGGUUGA